AUGUGCAUCUCUCUCGUCGUCGUCCUCUCCGUCCAUAUACCCUCCGCAAUGGCAAACCUCUCCCUCUACACCGUCACCGCCCUCCUCAUCCUCGACAGCGAGGGCAACCGCGUCGUGGCCAAGUACUAUGCCCCGCCCCACUCGUCCGUCGGCACCGGCACCCCCGCCGAGCUCGGCGUCGGCCCCGGCGGGCCCGGCAUGUCCGGCCUCCAGACGUACAAGGAGCAGCGCGCGUUCGAGAAGAGUGUGUGGGAGAAGACGCGGAGGGGAGCGGGCGAAAUCCACCCGCUCCCGCCGCACCUGAUCCUCUCGCGCCCCUCGACCGACCUGCACUUCCACAUCGUCGGGCCGUUGGCCACGAGCAACGAGCUCAUGCUCCAGUCUACGCUCACGGCGUUCCACGACGCCGUGUCCCUCCUCCUCCGCGGCCAGAUUGAGAAGCGCGUCGUGCUCGAGAACCUGGAUCUGGUGCUGCUCGCUGCGGACGAGACGGUUGAUGAUGGAAUCAUCCUCGAGACCGACGCCGCGGCCAUCGCGUCCCGCGUGACCCGCCCCAAGCCUGACUCGACGGACAUUGUCAUCAACGAGCAGACGCUCCUCAACGCUUACUCGACAUUCAAGGAGCGCGUCACGCAGCGUAUUGGGCAGCUCUAG